GUGGAUUUUGUUUAUCCCUCAAUGAUGUUAUCAAAACGAAAAAAUACAUCGUCCGGUUUAAUUUUUCGUCACGUAAACCUGUCGUGUAAUUUCUUUUAAAGGUGUUUUUAUUAAAUAUUUAACUUGAAAUGGUUAACGUUCGGCAAUACGCGACGGGGCACAAUGAGACACAUUUUUCACACAUUUAGGGCUCGAGUUAAGAACCGAGUAAGGAAAACCAUAAAUGGUAGUUUUAGUGCUAAAUAAUUGAAGAAGCCGUUAAUUUAGUGAUAAAUGAUAAGUAUUCCAUUAGAUGCUUUUAAACGAUGUACAAAAAUUAUUCCAUAAUAUUUUAGAAUCCUUGCAUUUCAUCCAGCAAACUUUGCUUCUGGAUAUUAUUUUUUUCUGAUUUCAAUCUAAAUAUGAAGGUUUGCAAUUCUUACGCAAUGGUGAGAUUUUUUGUGAUAUUAAACUGUAAACGGACGAUAACAAAAUAAUAACUGCACAUAGAGUCGUUUUAUCAUCAGCUAGUCCGUAUUUCCAUGCUAUGUUCACAAAUUUUCAUCAAGAAUCAUGAUCUUGUGGCAAUAAGACAGAUAGAUUAUACUGCUUUACUGCUCUUAGUAAACUUCAUUUACACAGGGCAAAUUGUGGUUACUGAAGAAAAAGUCCAACAUUUAUUACCGGCUGCAGAUCUCUUGCAGUUUCAAGGAGUAAAAGAGGCUUGUUGUGAUUUUUUACAGUCACAACUCUAUGUUACAAAUUGUAUUGGUAUUAACGCUUUUGCUGAUGUAUAUAGCUGUACGAAUUUGAUAACAAGUUCAGAAGUAUAUAUUCAUCAACACUUUUUGUUCGAAAUAUAAUUUAUUAUUAUGAUUCUAUAAAGGAAUUUUAUUUAUUAUUGUAAUAUUUUGAUUCUUAGAUAAGUUUUUGGUUGUGACGAAUUUCUAUCCUUAUCAUCGGAACAAGUAAUUAAGUUGAUAUCCAGUGAUAGACUUCCAGUAUCAGCUGAAGAAAAUGUUAUCAUUAUGUAUUGGAGCCAUGAAAUAAUCUCGAAUUAGAAGAGCUUAUACCACAAAGCAUCCGAAAUAAACCCAGACAUGGAGAAAAAGUAGUAAAUCUAUACUUUGUUGGAAACAAACUGACGACAUGUUAGUUGAACGAACAUUUUUGGAGUUGGUGUAAUAAAUGAUAAUAUCUAUGCCAAUCUUCUAAACUCUGCCAAGCUAAAACAUCAAAAAUCAAAAUGGUAAUUCCAUUUGUUUUUGGAAAGGAACAGUCAUAAUAUCACUAGAAAUGCAUAUACUUGUGGAAUUCUUUUGAACCUUGGAUGCUUAUGGUCAUUGGAAAACGGGUUUGAUUAUGUAUGAUCUGGGUCGUUUUGAUUUGGCUUUAACCAGUCAUACAAUUUUCGAUAUCCUUGCUUGUUCACUUCACUGGACUUGAAUACUUUAUAGCGGACUGGAAUACUGGAAUCUGGAACCAUAGUCCGUUCAAAACUUCUAUGUGUCUACAACUGUGAUUGGAAUACCUUUUCAAUAUUCUAUGCUGAGUGCUUUUAAGUUUUGACUCCAGCUGUGGAUCACCACUUCAUCGUUGUCGUUGACUGACAACAGACUUGGUCAAAAGUUUAUGUGGAUCAUUAGCUGCUGUCUUUAUUUUGAAAAAUCAAUUGUUAAUAAUAUUUCCAACUAUGAGUUCGUCAUCAUUGGAUGUAUUUUUUCCAAAACAUUCAGACUCUGAAGCACCGAUAUCAGUUAUUACAGCGAUCUUAUCAGAAAAUGACACUUUUAAAUUUCUACAUAUCUUACAUGAAUUUGGCAAAUUAGGAUUUACCGAAGUGAAAGAUUUGGCUGGAGCAACCCUUGCAAAAGUCAGCUCAAUUAAAUUGUUAGGAGAUACCCUAACACUACUUUAUGGGGCUAUGGAGAAAUAUAGUGAACGCCUAGAUGAGCUUCUAAUUUCUGCCAUAUCAGAACAUCAAAAUGGAAAUCUGAUUAAAACACAAACAAUGUGCAAAGAAUUACUUAUACAUAAACCUAAAGACUUAGAUGUUAUGCUCCUAUAUGCAAAUUCAUUAUUUGACGGCAAAAAAUAUGCAGAUUGCAUUCACUGGUUAGAUAAUGCGAGAAAUAUUCAUCCUAAUAAUUCUGAAUUUUUAAGUAAAUUUGCAUUUUUAGUGUAUGUUGUGGCAUUAAUCGAUAUUUAAUGUUAUACUUUAAUUAUUUUAAUUGUGUAAAUGAUUGUUAAAAUUAAUUAAAAUGAAUAAUUUUUCUACCUCAUAAGAUUGUGCCCCUAAGA